GCUCGUCUGGCCUGCUGCCAAAGGUCGCUCGUGUCUGUUCUCGAAAGCGUCCGUGCCAUGCUCGGCAGGAGAUCCCCUCCCUGCCGGGUGUUCAUGCUGCUGCCAUUGGCGAGGCGGUCCUUGUCCCUCUUCACAGCCUCUCGGCCGAUUUUAUCCUUGGUGGUCAUCAACGCGUGGCGUUGCAUUUCCCAACGGUGCCAUGGGGUUUUGGCCCUGUUGACAGCUGACACAAGGCCCAGCCCAGACUCCCCCAAACCGACGUUCACUGGGCCAUCGAUCACUGAAAAAGUGAUGUUCGUGCUCGAACGAAGGUCAGGCUGGGUUUCUCAGUCACGACAACAUCUUGGGUCGACUUGUCUCACUCGUGAGCACACGUGUUCAGCCACCCAGCCACUCUGAUUAGUCGACACCGAGUUCCGCCCUUGUGGUGUAGACCCCGAAACGCACACCUCACGAUGCUCAGGCAAAACGGCCCGGUGCCCUUCUUCCUAUCUCUCGAUCAUGGUGUGAAAUUCCCCAAGGACGACAAGCCAUGGGUGACCUUGACGACCACAUGAGCCACUGUGAUCUCUGCAUGUAUAGUAUGUCGUACGAGCUCGACGACGCCCAACAGCCAGCCAAGGCGGGGGACAAUGUACCGCUCCCAGCACAAUAUAUUGCCCACCCUGAAACAAA